GCAGCGCGGACGGGGAAGGCAGCGACCGCUCGCGGGUGAUGAAGCCCAGCGGGAGCCUCGCCGCGGAGGCCCAAUGCGGCCCCUCCACCGCCCACGCAACCGUAAUGUUUCAUCUUGGAAGAGAUUUAGAAGAAGAGCAUCAAGCGUUACUGGAGGAUCAAAAAAUAUAUCGAAGUCGGGCACGAAAAUAUUUUAUAGAGACAAAUAGAAGAAGAAGAGCACUUGAAGAAAAAUGGAAACAAAAAGAAGAAAAGGAAAAAAGAUUUAGAGAACGAGUACUGCAGCAAAGGAAACUGAAACAUCAGGAAGCAACCGAAAAGUUCCAACGUACUCAUCUCCCUUUUCCUCAGCAUGAGAAAAUAGUGAAGAGAAAACCAGUUCCUCAAUUAGAGGAAGCCCUGGAACAAAUUAAAGGAUCAGUUUUAACAUCAGGAUUUUACUUGCCUAAUAGGGAAAAGACUAACUGCAGAACAACAGACUCUCCCUCAGUUUCAUCUAGAAAUGAUUAUUUGCAUCAGAAACAGACCUCGGCAUGGGUUAGCAGUGAUAAAGCAAAACAGGAAAACAGUACAACAAAUCCAGAUAGUAACCAACUUUUCUUCCAGCAAAAUCUGGAAGAAAUGCAACAAUUCCUUGAAGAGCAGCAUCUCAGCAACUUGGAGUGUUCUCCUUGCAGUAGAUGCUGUAACAAUGUGGAUACACUGAUACAUUCCCUGAGUCAGAGGUGGCUAAACUGUGGCACAAGUGGCAAGGGCAACCUCUGUGUGUGGCCUGUGGCAGAUCAGAAUUUUCAUCAAGAAGUCAACCAAAUAACCAAUUCUGAAAGCCUAUCAAGCCUGGAUAGUCUUGAGGCUGGAGAACAAAAUGAAAGUAAUAUGACACCAAGUGAAUUGUCAUCGUUGACUAAACAGUAUGACUCUACACCCUACAAUUCCCAGAAAUCAGAACCUACAAAUAAAUCUUUUCCUGAGACAGCUGAACUGACUCUUUCUAAAAACCAACAUGUAAAUAAUUGGCUCAGAAAGUUAGAUAUGCAGAGUGGCCACAUAUACACAUCUUUUCAUGAUGAUUUACCUAAACAUAAUGUCCUGAUUCCCACUGAACAUGGACAUAAUCCAAAGCAGAAAUCAUCUGUUCCUAUCAAAUCUGAACAAAGAAUGACAGAAAUAUGUGCUUCUGAUAAGCAGGUAACCUCUGUAAAAAAUCUGUGUACUUUUAGGGAAAACAAAGAGAAAGAAAAAAACAGUUCAUCUUUUGGAAUGGUUAGCAGAGAGAGCUUGGUGACCACUGACAACCAUGUAUUCAAACCAAGCAAAGCAUGGGCUACCUCUGAUUCUUCUCAAAAAGAAAGAAUUCAGGAUUUAGUACAAGGGCAGAGUUCUGAAAUAAUCCAACCUAAAACAACUACACUAGUACAAAUGGCCAGUCAUCCUAUGGCAACACCUGUAAUUUUACCUCCGAAACAAUGGAACUCCAUUGGUAGCCACAACAGUAGUUUCUCAGCUGAUAUCAUACAAAAGGAAAAAAAUACAAACACAUGUCCAUGUACUGAUAAUCUGGACAACUUGAUAGAAGAGAAAGAAGAAACUACUAAAUAUUUUAAUGAUAAUAAUCAAGGAUCAUCUUUAUUUCAAGAUGCAUCUAAUACAUCAAUUUUAUGCAACAUUGAUCAAGAAGACGACAAAGAAGAACAUGGAAAUACAGCCAAAGCCAUGCCACAUUUGUCUGAUGCAGGGUUUAAUUCUGACUUGCCUAAUCAACACAAAAACCUGAGAAAGAAUGUUCGGGAGGGAUAUGGAGUAAAACUGCUCAAAAGUAUUUUAAAAAAGGAAUCUAAAUAUGAAAAUAAUUUUUUUAAAUCGGUAGUUAUGAAACCAAAGUUCAGCUUUGGGAAUCAAACCAUAUCUUGUAUCAGAGACAGUUUGGAAUUAGUAAAAAUAAAAGAGAAAAAUGCAGAGGAUCAAAAGACCAAUAAGAAACUGCGAUGGUUUGAUGAAAAUCACAAAAUAGUAGUAGAAGGUGACGAAAAAUGUUCUGAAAGGAAUCCCAGUAAAGUAUCUCAGGCUCAGCUGCAACCAUCUCAUGUUCAAACUAAAAUCAAUGCUCUUAACACUGAUUUAAGUAUUGCUUCUUGCACUGCAAGUCCUGUUUGCUCAGAAAAUCACCAGGAUUCUACUCUGAUAUACACAAAAUCUGCUACUGCUGGAGGCUCAGAGAGAGACUGUACACUUCUGAAUUCUUUAGGAUAUACAAGGUACCAUUUUGCUAAACAGGCAUGGAUGGCAUCGCCAGGUGAAAAAAGUAACCCUCUAUAUAGUAAUGACUCUAAAAUCCAAAGGGGUAACCUGCAUAAAGGCAAGACAAAAAUAAUCAGAAGACCAAUAUCUGCCAGAGCCCAAACAAGUUUUAUACCCAAAAAUAGGAAGGGCACUAUAAUCCGAGCACAGUCUGCUAGUGAAGCUAGCAAAGUUAUAAGAGCUCAGGGUAAAAUCAUGAUACCUCAUCCACCACCUAAACUUUUACUAGACUGCACAACUGGACAAAAUGUAGCAGAGACUAGGAGUGGGUAUCAACCAGUAAAUUCUUCUAAACCUCAAACCAUCAGUAAAAAUAAUGAUUUAAAUGCAAAACAUAUUUUGCCAGCAGAUCAGAAUUGCAAUAAAAGUAUCACAGAAAAUAAUAAGAGUACUGCAUGUGGUCAUAUGACAAUAUCCACACUUUCCACCAGUGUAUCUACAUAUGAACCUUUGGCAAAAACUAUUUAUACUGUAGAUAGUAUUCAGACAAGUGCCCAGCAAGACUGCUGUAUACCUUGCACCAAAAAAAGACCUGUUUAUGCGGAAAAUGGACCACGGCUGGAUCGAACACCAACUGACGAAGAAAUAAAUCUUCUGUGUGAAGGAGUGCAUAGUGCCCUAGCUCAAAAAGAAUUUGCUGCUGGUGAUUUCCGGCAUUAUGGCGCACGCUACAAUAAUUCCUUUUCUUUUAACUUACAACCUACUAACUCUGGUAUAUCUCUUUUUACGAUUGAUGGUGGCAGUCUCAUGACCAAUUUAAAGUCAGUUUCUAGAAUGAAUGGAUUUCUUUCUUCAAUAAAUGGUGCCGUUCCUACCACUAGACGCAAACAAAACUUUGAUAAUGCUGAAAAUAAACGUAGAGGUCUUUUAGAACAAAGACGGCAAGCUAUAGCAACUACAAUAUGGAGAUCCACUCAUCCUACACAGAAUUCAGUACAUACAGUCCAGCUAAGUCCUUUUCAAUAUCCAUUUGAGCCAGUGCAAGCAGUGAGUGGCAUCCCUAAUUCUGAUGAAGUUUCAGAAAGUACUGCUCAGUUUCUGCUAGCAGAAAAACUAGCAAGUAUAUCAGUUACAGAGGGUGAAAUGCUGUCUGCUCUGGAAACAACACAACCAUGCAGACAGCCAUUGUUGCUCAACAAGCCCCAAAGACUCGGCAUGACAGCAUUGUCAAUGGAAGAACACAAAAUUCUUCAGUCACUUGAUCACCUCAAUCAGAGGCUGCAGAAUAUCCGGGAAUCCAUUACCAAAAACCCAUCCACUUCAAGGGGUUUUCAGAUAAUUUCCCCUUUGCAUGGUGCAUCCUCCCCUUCUGUGGAUACUACAUUAUCUACACAGAGGCAUCAGAGUAUGUCAGCUGACCCUCGAUUACUAUUGCAAAGAAGAUACUGACAUGGUCUAACAAAAACUGCUUCACUGGAUUUACAUUUAAUGUGGCCUUACAUGUACACAUUCUUCACGCUACAAAAUCAAGAAAACAUACGUUUAAACAUUGACUCAAUUAAUGUAAGCUAAGUAGUUUACAUUUCAAACCUUAACUAUGCACUUUAUUGUAAAAUAUUGUAUUUUAAAAGAAUGCAUAUACCUCACCUUUUAAUUAAUCUGUUACUUAAUUCAUUGUAUCUUUAAUUAAAAUGAAAUGCAAAAGACAUUAUUU